UUUUUUCCUCUGCGGCGGCGGAAAUGACAGUGUGGUGCUGCGGUGGUGUCAUGGUGCUGCCUCUGGACUGCGGGGCGAAAACUCUUUAAGUUUAGCCCGGGAGACCCAGCCGCGGUGGCGUGGCGGUCGCCGUGCUGUCCCCUGAGGGGCGCGCGGGCUGGCGGAUCCCGGCUGCUGCGCCGCGGCAGCGGCGGCUGAGGCGGCAGCGAAGGCGGGCGGCGGCCUAGAGUGGUGGCGGCGGCGACAGCGGCCCGGGAGCUCGCGCUGGAGCCGGAGCCCGAGCCGGCUUGCUGUGGAGGCCGGCGAGUGCCCGGCGCUCCUGGGCGAGCGUAGGAGAUGGCUGGCAGCUCGGAACAAUAUGGGUAAAACGCGCCCCCUCGCCGCGGCCCCGGGGUCGAGCAUCGCCACCCGCGCAGGGCUCCGCCCGGGCUCCUGCUGCUCCUCAGGUGAAAGCCCAGCUCCUGUGGUUCUUAAUGCCUCAGCAGGAUUAUUUUCACUAAAGAUGGAAACACUGGAGUCUGAAUUGACCUGUCCAAUCUGCCUCGAGUUGUUCGAAGACCCCCUUCUGCUUCCUUGCGCUCAUAGCCUGUGCUUCAGUUGUGCCCACCGCAUCUUGGUCUCCAGCUGCAGCUCUGGUGAAUCCAUUGAACCCAUUACUGCUUUUCAGUGUCCUACGUGCAGGUAUGUUAUUUCGCUGAACCACCGGGGCCUGGAUGGUCUCAAGAGGAAUGUGACCCUGCAGAACAUUAUUGAUCGCUUCCAGAAGGCUUCAGUCAGUGGGCCCAAUUCCCCAAGUGAGAGCCGUCGGGAGAGGACUUACAGACCCAGUUCCGCCAUGUCUAGUGAGCGAAUUGCUUGCCAGUUCUGUGAGCAGGAUCCCCCAAGAGAUGCGGUGAAAACAUGCAUCACCUGUGAGGUCUCCUACUGUGACCGUUGCUUAAGGGCCACACACCCCAAUAAGAAACCUUUCACCAGCCAUCGCUUGGUGGAGCCAGUUCCAGACACACAUCUUCGAGGGAUUACCUGCCUGGACCAUGAGAAUGAGAAAGUGAAUAUGUACUGUGUAUCUGAUGACCAAUUGAUCUGUGCCUUAUGCAAACUGGUGGGUCGUCACCGAGACCAUCAGGUCGCUUCCCUGAAUGAUCGAUUUGAGAAAUUAAAGCAAACUCUGGAGAUGAACCUCACCAACCUGGUUAAGCGCAACAGUGAACUAGAAAAUCAAAUGGCCAAACUAAUACAGAUCUGCCAGCAGGUUGAGGUGAAUACUGCUAUGCAUGAGGCAAAACUUAUGGAAGAAUGUGACGAAUUGGUAGAGAUCAUCCAGCAGAGGAAGCAAAUGAUUGCUGUCAAAAUCAAAGAGACAAAGGUUAUGAAAUUGAGAAAGUUGGCACAGCAAGUUGCUAAUUGUCGCCAGUGUCUUGAACGGUCAACAGUCCUCAUCAACCAAGCUGAGCAUAUCCUGAAAGAAAAUGACCAGGCACGGUUUCUUCAGUCUGCAAAAAAUAUUGCUGAGAGGGUCGCUAUGGCAACUGCAUCUUCUCAAGUUCUGAUUCCAGACAUCAAUUUUAAUGAUGCCUUUGAAAACUUUGCUUUAGAUUUUUCUAGAGAAAAAAAGCUACUGGAGGGACUAGACUAUUUAACAGCCCCAAACCCACCAUCUAUCCGAGAGGAACUCUGUACUGCCUCCCAUGACACCAUUACAGUCCACUGGAUCUCAGAUGAUGAGUUCAGCAUCAGCUCCUAUGAGCUUCAGUACACCAUAUUCACUGGCCAGGCUAACUUCAUCAGUAAGUCAUGGUGUAGUUGGGGCCUGUGGCCAGAGAUAAGGAAAUGUAAGGAAGCAGUAAGCUGCUCAAGAUUGGCCGGUGCGCCACGAGGCCUGUACAAUUCGGUGGAUAGCUGGAUGAUUGUGCCCAAUAUUAAACAGAACCAUUACACAGUGCACGGACUCCAGAGUGGAACACGCUACAUCUUCAUUGUGAAAGCUAUAAACCAAGCAGGCAGUCGGAACAGCGAACCCACCAGACUGAAAACAAACAGCCAACCAUUUAAACUGGAUCCCAAAAUGACUCACAAGAAGUUGAAGAUCUCCAAUGAUGGAUUGCAGAUGGAGAAGGAUGAAAGCUCUCUGAAGAAAAGCCAUACACCAGAGAGAUUUAGUGGCACAGGGUGCUAUGGGGCAGCAGGAAAUAUAUUCAUUGACAGUGGCUGCCACUAUUGGGAGGUGGUUAUGGGUUCUUCAACAUGGUAUGCAAUUGGUAUUGCCUACAAAUCAGCUCCCAAAAAUGAAUGGAUUGGCAAGAAUGCAUCCUCUUGGGUCUUCUCCCGCUGUAAUAGUAACUUCGUGGUGAGACAUAACAACAAGGAAAUGUUGGUGGAUGUGCCCCCGCAACUGAAGCGUCUUGGUGUCCUCCUGGAUUAUGACAACAACAUGCUGUCUUUCUAUGACCCAGCUAACUCUCUCCAUCUCCACACUUUUGAUGUGACCUUCAUUCUUCCAGUUUGUCCAACAUUCACAAUCUGGAACAAAUCCCUAAUGAUCCUGUCUGGCUUGCCUGCCCCAGAUUUUAUUGAUUAUCCUGAGCGGCAGGAAUGCAACUGCAGGCCUCAAGAAUCUCCCUAUGUGUCUGGGAUGAAAGCUUGCCAUUAAGUGUCAUGAGAGCAUGUAAUUCAAUGGCUCUCCAGUUCAGCACUUCUACCCCCUCUUAAGCCUCCAUUAGUGUUCAAUAUAUGAGGUAAAAAAAUAAAGUUCAUCAAAAGCACCCUAAAUAACUAGAUACUGUAGAUUUAAUUUUUGUGCAUUAACACUAUUAUGUUUGACUAUCUGUAUUGAGUUUCUCAGAACAAAUUAUCUGAGUAGUCUGGGUUCAAGUCAUCGGAGAAGAAAUUUAGAGAAUGCGUCUUGUCAUUAGACAAUUACAAAUUCCCAAUGACUUGAGAGUACAAAUGAUAUUGAAAGGAAUUAGGGUAAUUCUAAGUAAAUUAUGUAGAAAGAUGCUAGCCAGCCAGAAAUUCCAUUGGUGGUUAGCCUUUCUAGCACUUGGCUCUUUGGCCAAGUAGAAUCUGAAGAAUGCCAAACUACCAUAUAUUUAAAAACUUUUAAUAAGCUUAGAAUAAAGGGGUUGUUAUAAGGAAACCAUAUAUGUGUGUAUAUAAUAUACAAAAUGACUGAAUUCAUUUCAUUAACAAAACGAUUAUGGUCAUUUUAUGUAUUACAUAUACACAAUAAAUUUAAUUUUUUCAUUUGAUCGAGAAAUAUACUGAAAGGGAAAAUUUGUUCUUAUCCACUAAGAAGCAGCAUCACAAUCAAUCAGCAUUUCUCCCUUCUUUCCUUUAGCCAUUCUUUCCUCUCUCUUGCCACACAUACAUACACAUGCAGUAAAGAUACAGACAGUGAGAAGAGCUCGUGGUGGGAUUAGGAGAGAUUUGGGAACAAGACUUCAUUAAGAGAUGCUAUUCCUAUAUAGAAAAUUGAUUCUGGUAUAAGUGUCCUGUGUAACAUAAUUUCAUUGAUACUACUUAAUGGAGAAGUUUCAUCUGAAUUGUUAAAAAUUCUGUCAGAAUUUUUCAAAAAAUAUAGUUUUGUUACUCAAAUACAUAAUUACUAGACUUAGGUUAAAAAAUAGAGUUGCAUAAUGGAGUUUCUUGAAACUUGCCUUACUUGAUCUGUAAGAAUGGAAUGUUACAGGUGUGGCAACUAUUUACAUACAAAUGUACGUACAUUUUCAGAUGAAAUCCAUCUGAAAUGCUGAAGAAUGCUUGGGAAUAGGCUUUUUUCCCUAAAUAGGUUAAAUACUCAUUCUUUUUGCAAUUUUAUUUGUACUAUUCAUUUACUUAGCACCCCUCCUCCCUUCAUGACAAACACAGACAUAAAUUCCAUCCUAAUCUAAGUCAAGAUUGUUAAAGGAAAUCGAGCUUCAAGAUUUCAUCAAUUUGUAAUUUCAUCAGUUCUGUUGCAGAGACUGGAGAUGCAAGGGAACCAAAGCUGUUGCCCAAGAGCUAAGUCUGCACCUUGGCAGGAUGAAAAUGAUUACUGUUGUAUAAUUAUGAAGUGAUACUGGAUUGACGCCUUGAAGCAAUGUCAGAAGUUUUCCCCUCUUCCUCUCUGCUUGGUGGAUGCUCAUUUAUUAAUUUGUUCACUAAUUGCUGUGAGAGUGAACAUAAUACUAAAAUGUAGUCCUUGCUGUCAAAUAGCUUACUCUUAUGUACUUACGCACAAGAUACAAUUUAUCUCCAUAGAUCCCACCCAAUAACACUUAUGAUUUGUUUGUUCACCUACUGUGGAAAGCAAGACUGAUGAUGAUUCAAAAGGAAGGCUCACAUUUUCAUGUCUAGUGGCAAAAUCAGUUUAUUUGACUUUAAAGACCAUAUGUAUCUAGCAGCUAAUCUGGAAAUGAGCAACUUGGAAGAAAUCCAGCAAUGUUGGUAACUAUCGUGUACUAGAAACCUGAUAGACUUGGGAUUCAAAUACUCUUAGCUUCUCUGUCAUUUAACUAGCAAUGUGACCUCAGGAAAGCACUUCUCUGAGUCUUGUGCAAAGGUUUAACAAGUUAGCAUGUAUAAAUUACCUAGCACAGCACCUGGCAUUUACUAUAUGUGUUACCAAUAUUCGCCUCUGCUGCAAUUUCCAUUCGUUUAUUUAUUUUUGUCCUUUAGAUUUUAGUUCCUGGGAACAAAGCUUUUAAUUUCUCCACCCUGCUUUUGACUAUGGCGUGGACUACCUUUCCUUACCCCUUUCUCUCUCAACUACCCCCUGACCUCUGAAACUGACUUAUGUGCCUCCCUUUGACACUCCCCUGGCACACUGAGCGUCCUUUCUCUGCAAUAAUCACAUGGUGUGGUAGUGUUUCUCAAAAUACUAUUUUCAGAAUGUCAUCCUCAGAAGACCCAUAGUAGAAUCACUGUUGGUGAUUCGUUUGUUAAAACAAUUGAUUCUUGCUCUCUACUCCUGAUCUACACAAUUAGAAUAUCUGGGAACAGGGGAAAUUUACAUUUUUGACAAGCUUCUCAGGUUAUUCUGAUGCACACAUAAGUUUAAUGUAUAUUAAUUAUCUUCCCUGCUAGAGUGGGAAUACCUUGAGGGUCAAGGCCAUGUCUUUCAUUGUAUUUUUAAUACCUGGCACAAGUGUCUGAAACAAAACAUUUGCCUGGCUAAUGUUUGUAGAAAGAAUGUAUGAAUGAACAAAUUAAUAAUCAAAAUUUCUCACUCAGACUGUGAUAUCCAUAGUGGUAUUUAUUAUUCUUGGGCAAGUUGGUUACUUCUUCGUUUAGUAUGUAUUGAUAAUUAUUUUGUAGAUGUACCAGAGCUCGUACAUGCAAAUGAACAUUGUUCCCAAUUGGCAAGGAGAAUUAUCUUUGGAACCUAUGGUGUCAAUCUCCCAAUAACAGUUCAUGUUUUCAUAAACUUCAAAGAAGUAUAAAUUUUGAUUAUAGGCAGCAUUAAGCCUAUUGAAUAAACUGGGAAACUAAAUAGGGUUUGAGGUAGACAGUGAAGCCUCACUGUAAAAUCCCAACUUCUGAGCCAAAAAAAUGAAAUGCCUUCCAAGAUACAAGAUGGUAGCAGAUCACUCAGAGGGACGUACUGGGUCCCAGAAUUUACUUCAGUAAACUUCAGACUUUCAUAGAAUGCUGGCAAUGGCAGGGACCAUUGGCCACCUCUAGCUAAAGCCAGUAGCACAAAGGGAACAUGACUUGUAUUUAACAUUGUCAAGGAAAGUGAUUCCAUAAGCUUUGCGGUGUUGCUUUACCCUAUCUUAACUAGUCAGAACUCUUUCUCCUAGAAAUUUUCUGUCUGCAAUUUAUGCUUGUUUUCACAUUUUUAUACU